AUGACAGAUUCAGAAGAGACCGCGUGUGUGGUGGUGCCUGCUGAAGUGAAAGGACGGGAGAGAGAAGAUGAUUCAGUUGGUCCACUACCCUCGGAAAUGAUGGCGAAUAAUGAGGAUGGAAAUGAUGAUACAGAAGGCAAUCAUAAAAGACGCCAUGAAGACGAUACUAAUGGCGGCGGUGGUGGUGGUGAUGAUGAUGAUGACGACGAUAUUGUCGGUCCUUUGCCAACAAUGAUGGAAGAUCCUACAGCAGAACCACCCAAAAAGAAAGUUCUAAAGGAUGAGAAAAUUCUGCUUCAAAGCAUCCCUUCCGCUCAGUACUAUGAAAUUAGCUACAUGCACCGCAACGCGAUCACCCACCUGGCCUACUCUAAGACUCACUAUCUUAUUACCUGCAGCUGUGACGGUCAUCUCAAAUUCUGGCGUCUUGCAACCACUCGUGGUUUGGAGUUUGUCAAGCAUUACCGGGCUCACUUGGGUGCCAUUAUAGGAUUGGCUGUUAGCCAUGAUGGUGAACUUGCUUGUACUGUUGGUGAUGACAAAACUGCUAAAAUAUUCGAUGUCAUCAAUUUUGAUAUGAUUAGCAUGAUGAAAUUGUCAUUUGUUCCUCGGGAAUGCUGUUUUGUUUACACCUCUCAAGACGGUUGCGCUGCUAUUGCAAUAGCGGAUCGAGAUAGCGGUGCUAUCCACAUUUACGAUGCUCGCACAAAGGAUACUCUCUUGAAAACUCUUGAUAGACUCCAUGCUAGUCCAGUCAUUGCAAUUGCUCCUAUUAAUAGAAUGGCCUCCUUCUUUCAGUUUUGUCCAGAACUCGAGACAGUAGUGAGUGCAGACACCGAAGGAAUGCUAGAAUUCUGGUCAACUCAGCGCCACGGUUUUGAUGCAAUUCAACGACCUCCUUCUGCGAAAUGGACAUCCAAGAUGGACACGGAUUUGUACUGCCUUUUGAAAGAUAAAACCAACGCAGUUAGCCUCGCCUUCUCACCGAAUGGGGGCAAAUUGUUGGCAUGCUUUGGAGCCGAUCGGAAAAUCAGAAUUUUCAAGACUCUCACAGCAAAACUAAUGCUGGUGUAUGAUGAAAGUGUUCAACGGUAUUCAGAGAUGCAGUCUACAAAACAACUCCUGCCAAGCAUGGAAUUUGGACGUCGAUUGGCCCUGGAGAAGGAAUUAGAUCGAUCUGAUGGGACUCACAUGUGCAAUUUGGAAUUUGAUUCCUCGGGCAAUUUCCUCAUAUACACCACCCUCCUGGGUAUUCGGGUAGUCAAUCUCGUAACUAAUCGUCUAGUUCGUUGUCUUGGUGGUCCCGAAAAUUUGCGUUUCCUUCAAGUAGCACUUCUUCCAGCUCGUGCUGCCGUACUUCAAAGUUCUACUUCCAUGGCCCUGUUGGGUCUUGAUUCUGCCACCGCUUCCCUUGAAAUGCAUGCCGCUUUAGGGGGCGCUCCUGAUAAUGCUGCUUCGGGUGGUCAGUCAGGGUCAAGUGGUGGGGAAAGAUCGUCUAAUCAACAGCCCUCGAGAGACCCUGUUAUCGUGUGUACGGCAUUUAAGAAGAAUCGAGUCUAUCUGUUCACUAAUCGUGAACCACAUGAAAUCAAAUCUGAUGGUGACACGGUUGCAGCCGGAUCGACAAGCGAACGUGAUGUCUUCAACGAGAAACCUACAAAGGAGGAGGUCCUUGCUGCUUCACGUGAUUCGGCUGCUGCAGCUGCAACCUCGGCAUCUCUUCGACUGGCUGGAUCCGCUAUUCUCCACACCUCCCUCGGAGACAUUCAUAUCCGUCUCUGGCCGCGUGAGUGUCCAAGAACUAUUGAAAAUUUUGUUGGACAUGCUCGAGCGGGUUACUACAAUGGUCACAUCUUCCAUCGAGUGAUCAAAGGAUUUAUGAUUCAGACGGGCUGUCCUCUUGGUACUGGUACCGGAGGAAAGUCGAUUUGGGGAGGUGAAUUCGAAGAUGAGUUCCAUCCCAGUUUGAGACAUGAUCGUCCCUACACAGUCAGUAUGGCUAACGCCGGCCCAAAUACCAACGGAUCACAGUUUUUCAUCACUGUCGCCCCUACGCCCUGGCUGGACAACAAGCACACUGUAUUUGGACGCGUGAUGAAGGGAAUGGAUGUGGUGCAGAAGAUAUCGAAUGUGAAGACGAAUGCGAAGAAUGACAAACCACUAGACGACAUCAGUAUCAUCAGCAUUAGUGUAAAAGAUCUAGGCGGUGGAGCUUGA